AUGGCGGAUAACGGUGCUCCCAACCCGGCCCAGCUGCCUCCUCCCCAGCCCAACGCUGGUGCCCCUGGCUAUGAAAAUGGCCAGAACGGGCAGUCGAAUCCGGCUCACAUGCCGCCUCCUCCUCUCCACAUCCCUCAGAACACCAACCCGAUCCCAACCGCGGUGACAUCGCCCCUUUCUGGUGUUGACAAGAUGAUGUCGCCCAGCAGCGCGGGAGGAUUCGGACGUCGCGCAGCUCCCGAGCCUAACAAGCGGGCGUUGUAUGUUGGAGGCCUGGACCAGCGCGUCACCGAGGAUGUCCUGCGUCAAAUCUUCGAGACCACUGGCCACGUACAGAACGUCAAGAUCAUCCCCGACAAGAACGCCAAGGGCUACAACUACGGCUUCGUCGAGUACGAUGACCCUGGUGCCGCUGAGCGUGCCAUGCAGACCUUGAACGGAAGACGUGUUCACCAAUCUGAAAUCCGAGUCAACUGGGCUUACCAGUCCAACACUUCGACCAAGGAGGACACCUCGAACCACUUCCACAUUUUUGUUGGCGACCUUAGCAACGAAGUCAACGACGAGGUUCUCACCCAGGCUUUCUCAGCCUUCGGCUCUGUCUCGGAGGCUCGAGUGAUGUGGGAUAUGAAGACGGGCCGCUCCCGUGGAUAUGGUUUCGUUGCUUUCCGCGACCGCCCUGAGGCCGAAAAGGCAUUGAGCUCCAUGGACGGUGAAUGGCUCGGCUCGCGCGCCAUUCGUUGCAACUGGGCAAACCAGAAGGGUCAGCCCUCCAUCGCGCAGCAGCAAGCCAUGUCGGCUAUGGGCCUGACGCCCACGACGCCGUUCGGCCACCACCAGUUCCCCGCCCACGGUGUCGCCAGUUACGAAGUCGUUUUGGGCCAAACACCGUCGUGGCAGACGACCUGCUACGUCGGCAACUUGACCCCGUACACGACUCCCAACGAUGUUGUCCCUCUCUUCCAGAACUUUGGCUACGUCGUCGAGUCUCGAUUCCAGGCCGACCGCGGAUUUGCUUUCAUCAAGAUGGAUAGCCACGAGAGUGCGGCUAUGGCCAUCUGCCAGAUGAACGGCUAUAAUGUUAAUGGGCGCCCUCUGAAGUGCAGUUGGGGCAAGGACAAAACUCCUAACCCUCAGAGCGCCGGCGGCUUUGACCCCUCGCAGCAGGCGUACAGCCCUCAAAGUGCCUCCGGACCGGGCUACCCCGGUACCCCGACGGCUUACUUCCCGCAAUACGGAGGUCAGUACGGCGGUCAGCACGGCAACUUUGCCGGCCCGACUGCUCAAUCCCCGGCCGGUUAUGGAGCGCAGCCGAUGGGAUACGGCGGACCCCAGAGCGCAGGAGGCUACGGACGUGGUCAACAGCCACCCAACGCCCAAUGGUCUCAGGGUCCCCAGGGACAGAACUUCAACAACGGCUUCGCCGGUUACCAGGGCUAG